UAAAUCGACUGCCUGAAUAAACAGCACAGUUUGAGCGCUAACCGGUAGAAAGUAUCCACAUUUCGAUAUUACGCAAUCUGUACAAACAAUUCUUCAUAUAAAAACCGGUUUCGGAGGCUUAAUUUCGCGGUUAUUGUGUUUAUAAUAGACGCGAGUGUGAAAUUAUACCGACGCGCGUGUUUAGUGUAUAUGCGAUAACGACCGGCAUAUGACGUUUGCUAAGUGUUUGUGAAUUUGACUUUUCUGUGAAUGACAAACUGAUAGUGUUGCUAGUGAUAAAAAAGAAGCCUUAAAGAUUUCAAUCUUGUUGCUGGAUUUGAGACAUUGCAAGAUUAUUAAACAGGAUACGUCAACGUCUGCGCGGCAGUUUGCCUUGUACUCCUGGUGGGUGGACUAUCACCUCAGUCAUCGGCAGCACCUCAUAAACGAACCAUGGACAGACAACGUAGAUCGCCCUCGCAAGAGAACAGUCUUUGGGGAAAUCCUUGCGACUAUGAUUCAAAUUCAAAAUCAGCGUUAAAAUACACGUCGAAACUGGCCAAAGAUGUCGCGUCGCAAGCGAGGAACGCUCUAGAGUCAACAGCGAAAUACAAAGACAAAUUCGCAUCAAAACUUCACAGCUUCCCAUCAUUCGAGCAGUUACUACCGGUGUGGAGCUCAUUUGACUGGCUCAGAAAUUUCACGUGGUUUCCUGAAGAGGGCUUGCCUAAAGAAAAGCUACUUUUCCAGCCAAUCUCUCAAGAAUAUAUGGAUAGUUUAAUGAAUAAGAUUGACGAGGUAUUACCGUCAAUGUACAAGGGAUUGAAGAUGGUGGUCGCCGGCUUGUACUCCAUCAGCAAGGAGGGACUCAACGACGACAUCCUGGCUGACGCCAGCCUCAAGCACAACAUCACGCAGUCCAUGCACAAUGUACGAGCCGUGCUGUGUUUGUUCGAUGAGCUCAUGCGAUCGCGCAAAUUACAAAUCAUGACACUCCCGGACUCAGAGCUGCCUAAGAUGGACGAGGUCGACAAGAUGGCGUACGCAUUACUCGUAUACAGAGACACCCUUAACUACUUGGAGUACAUUGCCCAGGUCUUCCAAACUAUGUACGAAAUGGACUCGAAGAAGGAAUAACUCCUGUCAAUCGGGUAUCUAGUUAAUUGAACCGUAGCUGGCUUGCGGUCGGCCACUCCGUCGGUCAGGCUUGGCUACUAUUUCGUUGGUGCUUUUGUAAACAAAUGUUAAUGCUUACUCACGCUAAGAGUAUAUUUGAUUAGCAAAUAAUUGAUGCCAAAUGCAUUAUCCCAUUAAAUCAUUAGAAGAUUUGCUAUCUACGAGAUGCAUUGUAUUUUAACUGUAAUAUAAUAAUAAUUUUAAAAUACACGAUAGAGUUACAAGUAUAUCAGCGUCUGGGAACUUUUAACCGGAAUUAAUUGCAAUAUUAAUUAUUUGCUACUCAAUUGAAUGUAGUAGGGUGAGCGUAAGCUAAUGACGCGACAUUUUACAGUAUUCGACUUCGGCCUAAGGGAUCUCUACGUUGAAAUUGCACCACGGAUUGAUGAAAUACGUAUAUGCCAUUACAUUGCCAUUUCAGUCUAGAGCGAAUCAGUUCCUUUACUUGUUGUAAAUAGUUACGAAUUGUAAUAUUUAUUGAUGAAAGUGCAGCUUAAUUCUAAAUUUCCCCGAUAUCCUAGUCAAGGUUACUUAUUUAUUUCUCGCGUAAACUUCAAUUUAGUGUUUGUUUUAAAUCUCUAGUAUUAGUCUUCAUUCCAAUAGUUUGAAUGACAAUGUUAGGAUAUAAAUCAGUUGAGUGUCUGAUACUUAUAUAUGAUUUAAUAGGAUAUUUAUAUUAUUAUUGUUCUUGAUGAAUGCUUGAGGAACGGUCGAGGCUGCGACUUACAGGGCGUUGAAUAAAAUGAGAAUCGCUGCCAAUAGAGUAUUACGUAUAAAUCUGUAUUUAUUGACCAUUACAGAGAUUCUUAUUUUGUUCACUGCUGCUGUCUUGUAUAUUUAUAAUUGCUAGUUUCAUUUUAGUAUUACUUGGAUUCUUUGUUAACUAUUUAUAUCGCUGUUACAGAAAUAUGACUAGCUUUAAAAGAGCUGUUAAUUAUAUUAUUGUAAAAACAGAGCCAGUGUAUUUAUGACUUAAUCAUUAUUUGUAUAGUUCAAAUAGUAUUUAUAACUGCGCAAACAUAAAGGCUAUGUUUGUGAUAUUAAAUUAUUAUUACAUUUA